CAGGCGUACAGUAACAUGACAGCAACUAGCAAACAUCUCAUCUGCCUGAGACAGGGACGUUAUGGUUUUGGAAGCUGCGUGUAUUUUUUGUCCUGUUUUUGUUGAAUUUUCCUAAUUUGCACACAUUGCGUGCACCUCGAGCUGUUUGACAACAAGCCAGGCAGUCUGUCACGCUUAAAAUACCGAAACCAGCGAUUGUUUGGACUUUGAGGCCGUCCAAUCUCUAUUUUUAAAGCCUAUUUUCAUCGCGUUUUUUUCCAACGACCAAUCAACGUUUUUUCUUAUUUUUCCUUUUUUAUUACACGGCAAAGUAUUGCUUACCACCUCGCUGACAAGGCAUAUCGAAAUUUUACGUUUUUAAUAAAAUAUUACUAAAAAGGAAUCGAGGUUUGUUUUUCAAACGCAACCAGCACAGCAGCAGCAGAAAAAGCUCAAGAUACAAUAACCAAAAUAACACCACCAGCUGCUCAAACUCAACUUUUUUGGUCAAAUCUGACAAUCAUCAGACCUGACCGAGCUGUCUUACGUAUUUUUGUCUGAUUUUCCAGGCUCAACGACGCACACUGCUCUCUAGUUAAGAGAUUAUGCUGUCAGUAUCAGAGUCUAAAAAUUGACCAAGUAUAGUGAGCUCUUAUCUGUUUGACAGCUCAUCUAUAAAAGUAUUUAGACUUCUGACUGUCACCACUUACAUGCUUCCAGGAAAGGUUGCCCUGAUUUUGCAAACCUGGAGGUUUUUCCUGUGUGUGUUUUUUUCACGGUCGUAUUGCUUAGGUUCUCAUAUUUGUAACAUUUGAUGUCCGAUGUCUCGUUUAAUAUGAGCAGGAUAAGUUAACUUGGUUAAAUUCAGGCAGCUGAGGGACAUUUUUAUUCCGUUUUAUCACCCAGCUUUCUUGAAACCAACGUUAGUCGUGUUUUUGUUUGAUUUUUCGUACAUCAUCUUUUUUUCCUCACACAUAAACCAGCCCUCACAUCUAAAUAUUUCCCUCGCUGCCUUAUAUUAUCAGAUUUUAUAUUUAUUCGUCUGGCUGGAUUUUUUUAUUCUCCUAAAAAGAGGAAAGACCGUGAAGAAACGACAGGCUGCUGGUGUUUGUGCUUGUUUUUGUCCUUCCCGUUUCUGACCCGGAUUGUCAUUUUUAUCGGCUUUAAUCGCGGAAAAUGACGGCUAUCGAAAAACUGCAGAUGUUGAUCGAAGCAGCUGAAUAUCUCGAUCGACGAGAAAGAGAAGCGGAGCAUGGCUACGCCUCAAUGUUACCGUUCACCAGCAGCAAAGAUAGGGAUGGCUCGAAACGAAAACUCAAAAGCAAGAAAAAUUGCAGUAGCAGGUCUACACACAAUGAAAUGGAGAAGAACAGGAGGGCACAUUUACGACUGUGUCUGGAACGCUUGAAAUCCCUCGUGCCCUUAGGACCAGACUCAAGCAGGCACACAACCCUCAGUCUACUUAUGAGGGCAAAGGAACACAUUAAGAGGCUGGAGGAGAGCGAGCGAAAGGCCCAGCACACUUUAGACCAGCUGCAGAGAGAACAAAGACACCUGCGCAGACGUCUGGAGCAGCUGGGAGUGGAGCGCGUACGCAUGGACAGCAUGGGCUCCACCAUCUCUUCAGACAAAUCUGACUCCGACCAAGAAGAGGCGGACGUUGACGUGGAGGGUACGGACUACCUGCUGGGAGAUCUGGAGUGGAGCACCAGCAGCGUAAGCGACUCGGACGAGCGGGGAAGCUUGCGCAGUAGCUGCAGCGACGAAGGCUACUCCAGUGCCAGUCUACUUCACCUCGCCAACUCUCAGGAGAAGAGCCCGAUUCUGGGCUGCAGUCUUUAAGAGCACAGAUCACCACGGUCCUCCGCCACUCAUCACCUACCUACCUACCACCUCAACCUGUACCUUCGAUCAUCUCCUGCCACGUCCUGCUCCAAUACUUGAAAAAGUGUAGUCUCCUUUGUGACCGAAACGGCCUUUCUCGACUUGCUCUGACAAAUCCAGUCUGUUGUGUGUGUGCGUGCAGAGUCCAAAGGAGAUCGCAUUUAGAAAGUAUUGAAAUUUGACCGUGGCGUCCACCAAACAGACCUCACGUAUGCAGUGUGAGCCUAUCGCCGAUCCCACCGACCAAUCAGCAUUGGAGGAGGCAGAACGUUAUCGCCUGCCGCCUUAGCUCCAUCAGAUGUGCCCUCCUCAUCAUUCCCUCCUCGAAAGACCCUACAGAGACCCUUACAGACCUUAUAGCCAGAUGAAGAAUGUGUACCAUACCACACCCACUGCCUACUCACCGUCUCACUCUGGGACAAUCGCAUCCAAGGCCGUCCUUGACGGCUUUUAUCGUUCCUUCAAUCAGAAUGAAUCGUCUAGAAGACACAGGGCUGGGUCACCUGACCAGUUAGCUAACCUACCAGAGCAUGGUAUUUUGCACUUAGAUAGAGAGUGGCCUUUUACGCUCAUCCGAAGCCAGUUUUGCCCCGUCCCGCAAAAUAAACACGGACGGGAUUCGGGAAAGCUGCAAGAACGGAGCGAAACGGCUACUUUUACCGUAAAGGCAAGGAUCGCUUUGUGUCAAAAGAUGUACUGUAUCGUUGUUUCGUUUCAAAUGUCUCUUCCACGGGACUGCAGCUACUGUAGUGAUGUAUCAGGCGUAGUGUGUUAGCUAGUCUUAAAAAUAUCUACCUGCACUGUCUAAUACCCGCCCGCAUCCCCCAUCACUGUGCUGGGAGUAAUCACUGAUGUGUCGUUGUCGUGUGUUUAUUUUUUUUCCCGGCGAGCACUUGUAAUAUUCAUGCUGUGCAAAAUCAUCAGGGCGGUAGCAAUACACCCCUCUACUGGACUAACUGGUGGAUCCGUCAGUUUUUGACAUCCCGAGUGAAAGGAAGCCGUCGUGGGGUUUGAAAUCUCUUUUUCGUUGACUUUUUGUAAGCGUACGCUUUUAAUCGCCCCAAAAGCUGCCACCUUGAAAUUUCUAUUACUAUCGGCGGUGAUACAACGUUGUGAAGAACAAUUUGGUGCAUGAGGUUUUUUUGAAGGCUUUGUAGGUGGGUUUUAUGAAUGGGGGGGUAUAGUCUGGAUCUCAGGUACCUCUUCCUCUCUCUCUCUAAGGACAGUGGCGUUUUUGUGUGUGGGAUUCAUCCAUAAAUUUUUGCGUCUUUUAAUUGUCUCGACUGUUUAAGAAGUACAAGGGCGAUUGUAAAAGCACAUUCCAUGAUAAACAGAGCAGCAUAGUUAUUGCGUGCGCUUCGGACAAUGCUAGAAAGGCCUGAAGCUUCGGGUUACCUAUGAGCAAUGAAUCCUUUCUGCUUAUGUGCCAUCAGGCGUGUGUGUGUGUGCGUGCAUGCAUGCGUGUGUGUGUGUAUGUUUUCAUGGUGGCUACAUCACUGCAUUGCAGUUUUACUUCUGCACCCAGCUAGAAACUAUGUACUCAUGAUAUGUAUAUAGUUAACAGAAAUAAGAGAGAUAUCUACCCUAUAUGUACGUAUAUUGAUAAAGUAUUUAUAUUUGAUCUACAUAUAUGUUUAAAAAUAGACUAUAUAUAUAUGAGAAUAUAUAUUUAAGUAGUGAUUGCUUUUAGUUGCUUUUGUUUUCCCUCUUGUUAGUUUCAGUUUUAAUUUGUAGUUUUGCACUACAGUAAAAAUAAAUAUACAUACAUAUAUUCUGAUAUUUUACAUGACUUAAAAUCUGACUCGGUGCUCGCAGAGCCAAAAAUUUUUCAUUAUCUUAUUUUUCCUGCACAAAAAUGAAAAUGUUUACAAAAAAAGCAUAAAAAGUUGAUAAAACUGCAUUAAAAUGAAUAAGACGUAUAUGUUAGUGUGUUGGUGGUAUUGAAAUGGUGAUAAGUGGUUAUGGGAAUGAAGUUGUGGUGUUGUUCGGUUUAGGGAGAACAGGCAACUAUUUGUUUUCCUGUAACGCUCGUGAGUGAAAUGGUGUGGGUUGUGUAGAGAUUUAUGUGAGAGAUACAUGUUUGAAUGUAGUGAAAAUCCUUCACUGAUGCAUUACAAAGCCAAGAUCAAUUCAUAUUUUACAAUAUAUCUCAUUUUUAUGGAACGGAAUGGAUGCACCAAAAAAUCUUUAUAUAAGGAACAAAAACAAACGAUUGUUCAUUUUUAACAUAUGGAAUGCUGCUGAUGGAAAGUUAUAAAUAUAAAAUGUAUAAAAGUAUAAAUUUUGUGUCGUAGCAAUGAAAGCACCGUGUAUUUUGAAGAAGGGGUGUGUAUGUAUAUAUAUAUACAAGUAUACGUUUGCUUGUAACGUCACUGUCCACAGACAGAGAGAAAGGGCUCGAUUAUCUUUUAUGUUUUUUUCUCGGGAGGGUGGGGGGAGUUUAGGGCUGUAUGCAUUUUGUAUUGAUAUGCUUUUGUCUUGUUUUUAUUUGUUACAAGUGUUUUAAAAAGAGUUAACUUCCUACUAGAGAUUGUGUCUUGUUCCAAAUUGGUGUCUUGAAGUUUCUCACGGCCCAAGCCAACCGAAGUCCCCUCAGCUUUUGGGUUUUUGUUAAUUAUCUUCUGUGAACACCGGUAAGGGACAUGACGUUUACGAACGUUUCGUAAAAGACUCUGGUGCUGCCACACACCGAUGUGAAUUCCUGCUUUGACGCCACCUCGUACCGUGUCCCGGUGCUGCGCUUAUCACGGUCAAUGAUGUCACCACGGGAGGGGGGGUAGAUGUACUACAUUGAUUUGUAUAUAAGGGUUACACACCGUACGCUGAGUACGAAACGGCUAGAGCCUUAAGACAUACAAAUGUAUGACACCAUAGAUGUCGUCAGAAACGGAUGGCAGACGUGGUCCACGUGAGAAGAGCCCAUCGCCAGUCAUUCCCAUUGAUUGUGACUGCGUUUCAGGUGUUUCACACCUUUACAAAUAUACACAGACACACGCACACGCUCAUCCUUUAACACAUACUGCCUCUUGUAAGCUACAGUCAAUGAAAGAGGUUUAUGUCUGUUUUACAUCCAAUCAGAAAUGGACAUUUCUAUGCUGUUACUUUUUAAGAAUUGGGCUACUUUGAUGUUGACUGCUAAAUGUGGUUAAAAGGAAUGAACUUAAAAUAAAAAAACAUUAAAAUGUA